AUGCGUGCAGCGAUAGGUUGGGAAAGAAACUUUUUAAGAAAUAGAGCAUAUGUGCAAUUAGGGCUUAAAAUUAAUAACAGUGCAUCAUUAGAAAGAAAUAUUCAAAAAAUAAUUAAUUCUGUUUCAGGAUUUCAUGUCAAAGUUUCUGACUGGAAUUUAUUGCCAACUAAAGAGAAAACACCUGUUUACAAGCUUCCUUCUACACUUAAAACACUAGAUGAUGCAUGUAAAUUCAUGUAUAAAAAUCAUACACGUCCAAUGACAGAAGCAUUAGCUUCAAUCGGUGCAAAUAAUGAUACAAUAGUUCUUAACAUAAAUCAUGCUGCUGCUGAUGGCAUGUUUCUCGUUUCUCUUCUUAAUUAUCUUAAUAAACACGAAAAUGAAGAGGUACAUCUCCCAGAAAUAUUUGAAUCAGUUGAUUAUGUGUUUGAUCAUGAAAUUAAAAGCUAUAAUGGAGUUCCAGCACCUUUCAAUACUGUAAAUCCAAAUUUAUCACGAAUUAUUGCCAAAGAUACGCUUCAUUUAGCGAUGGAUAAUACAUCUCAUCAUACAUCAGCUUCUUCUAAUCUUGCAAACUUUAAAUGUUACAAUCCAAAAACAAAAUCUGUACAUCAUUUAACAGAAAAUCUUUGGUCAUCAAUUAUUUUGACGAUAUCAGCUUUCAAUGGUAAUUUCAAUACAAAAGGAUGUGGAACUUGCAUUGAUUUACGUAGGUUUAUGAAAGUACAACCAGAUUUCCGUCAUUGUAACAUAUUUUCAUCAAUUACCGUCAAUGCAGAAGCCACGAAAGAUACUUCUGUUGGUGAAUUUAUGAAAAUACUCAGAUCUGACUUUAAUUCCAAAGUAAAAUCAGGAUUUCACUUUGGAUACCUCAAACAGAUCCAAGAAGGCAAAAUUCCUCCAAUAGGAGCACUCCCAGGAGUUGGUGCAGACAUGUCAAGCCUCGGAACAUUCAAAGUUGGCGGAGAUAUAACAGAUGCAUGGUUUAACAUCGCAUUGAGAGGAGAUAGAGCACUUGGAUCUUCCACUUUUACUUGUUUCACAGUUGAUAAUGGAAUCAACCAAACAUUUCAUGGAAGACUUCGCCAUUCUUCGUUUACUUUGUCUGAUUACGAUGCACAAGUGUAUGUAGACUCUAUACAUCACGCAUUGGAGAAUAUAACUGAUGAUAUGUCUUGUGGCUUAGCUAUUGACAUUCUUUCAGACUUCCAAAAGAAAAAUUCAAAAUCUAAUUUGAAUGAUAUUGUUAUGUUUUGA